AUGCCGAGUGACCCGCCUCGCCGCGGACAAGGCGUCUGCGCCAUGCGCGGAAACUGCGGCAGCGUGUCCCGCUUUGGUGCCCAGCUCCCAUGUCCAGACGACGGGGACGCCAGCGAGACCGACGACAAACUGGCCACUCUCCUCUCGAGCGUGUGUGGUGCAGCAUAUCAAGUGCCAGACACAGUAUGCUGUACGGCCGAGCAAGUCGAGACCCUUGGGGACCAGCUCGCCCAGGCCGCACCUCUCAUUGCCGCGUGCCCGGCGUGCAUCAACAACUUUCGCUCGUUCUACUGUGAUUUCACCUGCUCGCCUAACCAGAGCACGUUUAUGCAAGUAACCCAGACACAGAAGAGCACGACAGGCAAGGAUAUCGUCAAGGCCGUCGAUUACCAGGUCUCGAGCCAGUUUGCCAAGGGAUUCUACGACUCGUGCAAGGGCGUCCAGUUUGGCGCGACCAACGGGUUUGCCAUGGACCUCAUCGGUGGUGGAGCAAAGAACGCGUCGGCUUUUCUCAAGUACAUGGGCGACGUUCGACCGGGACUGGGAUCGCCCUUCCAAAUAGACUUCCCCCUCAGCAAGACGAGCAACUACUCGCGAUCUGCUCUCAGCUGUUCAGACACGGGCAUCGACUCGCGAUGCGCCUGUGCCGACUGUCCCUCAGUGUGCCCGAGUCUCCCGUACCUCCCUCCACCAAACACCGAAGGGUGUCGCGUCGGCAGAGUCAGCUGCCUGACCUUUUCGCUCCUUAUCGUCUACGGUGCCGCCCUCGCCGCCGUCUUGCUCUACUACUCGCUCCGCCAAGCCAAGCGUAUCCACCAGCGCCGCUACGAGCGGGUAGCGCUCACCGACCCACCCCAGUCGCCUACCACCACGGGUGUGCAGGGUAUGGUUGGCCACGGACAAAAUGACGACGACUCGGGUCCAAGUGGAUCUAUCCAUUUCCGUCUCGGCCGUGGCGCGUCCUUGCUCGACCCUAUGGAGCACCUCCAGCCCAAGCAGAGUCAGAUCAACGCCCUUCUGCGACGCUUCUUCUACCGCUUGGGCUUGGCAUGUGCACGCUUCCCGAUUCAGACGUUUGUGAUUGCAGGCGUCGUCGUUGCCCUGCUCAACGUUGGAUGGCACUGGUUCCAGGUCGAGACGGACCCCGUACGACUAUGGGUGUCACCGUCCAGCGCCGCCGCCGAGGAGAAGGCGUAUUUCGACGACAACUUUGGUCCAUUUUACCGCACAGAGCAAAUCUUUAUCACAGCUGCACACAACCUCUCCCCGCUCUCGUACGACACUCUCGAGUGGGUGCUCCAUGUCGAGCAACAGAUUCGUGACUUGCGUUCAGCCAAGGGAGUAGCGCUUGAGGAUGUGUGCUUUGCUCCCUCGGGUCCCGGAACAGCCUGUGUCGUCCAAUCUGUCUCGGCAUGGCUUGGCGACGAUAUGAGCCAGUGGGGAGAGAAAUGGACAGACCGGAUCAAGCAGUGUGCCACCAGCCCCGGCGAGUGUCUGCCGGAAUUCGGGCAACCGAUCGACCCCAAGUUGAUUCUCGGCGGUGUCAAAAAGGAUGACUGGGUCAACGCCAAGGCCCUGGUCAUAACCUACGUUGUGGACAAUUACAACGCUGAGGCCAAGGUCAAAAAGGUCGAGGACUGGGAGAAGAUCCUUGACCGAUUCCUCUCCGAACUCAAACACCCAGACCUCAAGGUCUCCUACUCGACGGGUAUCAGCCUCGAAAAGGAGUUGAACAAGAGCGCAAACACCGACGUCAGGAUUGUUGUCCUCUCGUACCUCGUCAUGUUCCUAUACGUCUCCCUCACCCUAGGCGGCGGCCAGGUUCCCAAGAAGGAUGUCGCCAAGGCUUUCAAACGUCUCUACAAGUUGCUCCAGUUCUGUGCGUAUGCUGUUGGACUCCGUGCCCACCGUCCUGGAGGCAAGAUAAUGGACACGGUCAAGGCCCUCCCGCGCAUCUUCAUGGUCAACUCCAAGUUUGGCCUGGGCCUGUUUGGGAUUGUCAUUGUCCUCGUCGCCGUCUCGUCCAGUGUUGGCCUGUUCUCCCUCUUGGGCGUGCGGGUAACCCUCAUCAUCGCCGAGGUUAUCCCUUUCCUCGUCCUUGCGGUUGGUGUUGACAAUGUCUUCAUCCUUGUCCACGAGCUUGAUCGCCAGAACCUCAUGCACGCCGCGCCACCCGAGACGGGCGACCAUUCGGACUCUGACUCGGAGCAUUCCGCUGAGCACCAUGGUGGACACCACGGCCAUGGUCAUGGUCAUGGACAAGCUGGCCACGGUCACAGCCACAGUCAUCACGCCGAUACCACAACCACCCAACCAUCGCCCCACCCGUCCCCUCAGGUUGCCGCCCCCGACAACCACUCAGACACAUCCACCCACGACCAACACAGCUCGUUGCUCCCACCCGAGGAGCGUGUUGCCCGAGCUGUCGCACGUAUGGGCCCGUCCAUCCUCCUGUCCUCGACCACUGAGGUGGUUGCGUUUGCCCUUGGUGCUCUGGUCCCAAUGCCUGCUGUGCGCAACUUUGCCAUCUACGCCGCGGGCAGUGUCCUCAUCGGUGCCAUCCUCCAGUGCACUGUCUUUGUCAGUGCCAUGGUGCUCGACAUUAAACGUGCCGAGGCUAGCCGCCUGGACUGCUUCCCUUGCAUCCGUCUGCAGAAGAAGAUUCGUCUCGAGGACGAAGGACCUGGACCUGUCGAGAGCCUCCUUACAACCUUUGUGCGCAAAUGGUACGCGCCGACGCUCCUGAAGAAGGAAGUCAAGCACGGUGUGCUCGCGGCAUUUGGUGGCAUGCUCCUCCUUGCCAUCAUUGGCAUGCAGAAGAUCACUCUCGGUCUCGACCAGCGCCUCGCCCUGCCACCCGACUCGAACCUCAUUCCUUACUUCAACGACGUGGACAAGUACCUCGACGUCGGCCCGCCAGUCUACUUUGUCGUCAAAGAUGGCAACACUACGGAGCGAUAUGGCCAGCAAGAGCUAUGUGGACGGUUUACCACCUGUAAUGAGCUCUCAGUCGCCAACACGCUUGAAGCGGAACGCAAGCGGCCUGAGACAUCGUUUAUUGCCAACCCGCCAGCGGCAUGGAUUGACGAUUUCCUCAUGUGGACCAACCCUUUGUUUGAGAGCUGCUGCCGCGUGAGGAGGCGCGACCCGUCCGUCUUCUGCCGCCCGCGCGACUCGGACCGUCUCUGCCGCCCAUGCUACGAGGGCCAGGAGUGGGACACGACCAUGGCUGGUCUGCCACAGGGAGAGGACUUUGAGCGGUACCUCGGCCAGUGGCUUCAGAGCCCCGCAGACGACAACUGUCCCCUGGGAGGUCUGCAGGGUUACUCGCACGCGGUAAAGACCAAAAAGUCGGACGGAUCAGUCAAGACGUCCCACUUCCGUACCUUCCACACGCCCCUCCGUGCGCAGAACGAGUUUAUCAACGCUCUCGCCUCGGCACGCCGCAUCGCUGCCGACAUUAGCCACAACACGGGUCUCGACGUGUUCCCAUACUCGCUCUUUUACGUCUUCUUCGACCAGUACUCGUACAUCGCGUCCAUGUCCGUCAAGGUCCUGUCUGCGGCUCUACUCGCCGUGAUGGGUAUCACCUCGCUCCUCCUUGGAUCGUGGAAGACAGGCGCCACGGUCACGUUCACCUGCGCACUGAUCGUCGUCAACGUCAUGGGCGUGAUGGGAUACUGGAGCAUCUCGCUCAACGCCAUUUCGCUGGUCAACCUCGUCAUUUCGCUUGGUAUCGCUGUCGAGUUUUGUUCACACCUCGCUAGGGCGUUUAUGGGUGCCGGCUCUGGUCUUUCGUACGACAAGGUCGACGCGCGAAAGGACAGGGACGAGCGGGCAUGGACCGCGCUGGUCGAUGUGGGACCGUCCAUCUUCUCGGGCAUCACCAUGACCAAGCUCGUCGGCAUCUCCGUCUUGGCACUCACAAAGUCCAAGUUGCUUGAGACGUACUACUUCCGCAUGUGGCUCACCCUCAUCAUCACUGGCGCGUUGCACGGCCUCGUCUUCCUCCCCGUCCUGCUGAGCUAUACCGGCGGACAGGGAUACUCGCUCGAGGACACGGACGAGGACUGGGUCACGUCCCAGAUGCGCCGGCCGGGAGACUAUGAGAGUGCGCCGUUUGCGGACGACGACUCGAUGAUGGAUUAUUAA